ACAGUCCGGCUACACUAAGCCGAACCGUAGGGAAUGAUGAGAGUAGUACAGCGCUGCUAUGCUAAGCCUAACCGUAGGGAAUGAUGAGAGUAGUACAGCGCUGCUAUGCUAAGCCUAACCGUAGGGAAUGAUGAGAGUAGUACAGCGCUGCUGCUGAUGCUGUUCGUCACUUUGAGCCAGAGACAGAGCACUGAGCAAGAUCAGUCCGCGCUUCUCCUCACUAGCGCUCUCCGGAUUGGCUGCACGCCGCCAGGGUUUAGAGGUGUAACCCCAAACUGGCUAUGUGCAUGGCUUGCUGGAGAGGAGUAGCCCGCAGAGAUCCCUGCAAAGCGGCCAUGAGUAGCAGGAUCAGUUUCUUUGAGGUGGAAAUUCUAGACUGUAAAACCAUGCGACAGUUAUGCUUUUUUGAUAAGGUAGAGCCACAUCUUACCGUUAAUGAUGUAAAACUGAUGUUUCAUAAAUGUUAUCCCCAGUGGUAUCCAGCAAGACAAUCUAUCCGGUUGGACCCAAAAGGCAGAUCGUUAAAGGAUGAAGAAAUCCUGCAGGACCUCCCAGUUGGCACAACUGCUACAUUAUAUUUUAGGGAUCUGGGCCCUCAGAUCGGAUGGACUAUGGUGUUUCUGACUGAAUAUGCAGGCCCACUUUUUGUAUACUUUUUGUUUUACUUCAGAAUGCCUUUUUUCUAUGGCUUGGCCAAGGCAUUUACUUCCAGUUCACAUUCAGUAGUUCACUUGGCAUGCUGCUGUCAUUCUUUUCACUACAUUAAAAGAUUGAUUGAAACAAUUUUUGUUCAUCGAUUUUCCCAUGGAACUAUGCCACUAAGAAGUAUUGUUAAGAACUGCUUCUAUUACUGGGGCUUUGCAGCCUGGCUUGCAUAUUAUAUAAAUCAUCCUCUCUAUACACCACCUUCAUAUGGAAAAAAGCAAAUAUGUCUGGCAAUGAUCAUGUUUCUGAUUUGUGAAACUGGUAAUUUCUCCAUCCAUGUGGCACUCAGUAAUUUAAGACAAGAUGGCUUAAGAUCACGGAGAAUUCCUUUCCCAACAAGAAAUCCUUUUACGUGGCUAUUUUUCUUUGUGUCCUGCCCUAACUAUACAUAUGAGGUUGGAAGCUGGAUCAGUUUUACAGUCAUGACUCAAUGUGUUCCAGUUGGUCUUUUUACACUGAUUGGAUUUAUUCAGAUGACUAUUUGGGCAAAAGAAAAACAUUACAGAUAUCUGAAAGAGUUCAAGGACUAUCCCAGGCUGCGGAUGUCAAUCAUUCCCUUCUUGCUAUGAAAAAUGCAUCUCCUAAUGGAAAUAAGACAUGCUGUUGUGUGAAAUAGUUACUUAAGUCUCUGGAAGGCAGUUCCCAAAUAGAAUGUGUCUGUGCCUGGAACUUAAAUGAACUUGUGUAUUUGAUUAUUAGUAAUAGAACAAAAUGUCCUUGUUUGACUCUUCCCCUCUAUGCUUCUCAAUCCACGUUACUGUAAAAUGCUGAAAUUAGUUGCAGUUUUCAUUUGUGGCCACUAAGCCUAGUUCAAGAUUUCACAUGCCCUUAAAUUCUAGUUACAAGAAAAAACAUUUCACUUUAAACACAAUGAGGGACACAUGACAAUUGUAUGGCCUAGAUUUCAUAAUAAAGAACACCACCCUAAUUGCUUUGAAAUGAAAAGAUGAAGAUGUUAUUGAAGUGUAGUCUUUCACCUUUAAUGCAAAACAUUUAACAAAAAUAUCAUAUGACCUGUUUAGGAAUAUGGCCAUUUUUAUAUGUGCUCCCCCCAUUUUCAAGGGCUCAAAAUAAUUGGACAAACUAGCACAGUUAUAAGGGUAAAUAUAAUUCUCAGUGUUUUGUUGAAUAUCCUUUUUAGCCAAAAACUUUCUAAAAUUUGGAGCCUGUGGACAUCACCCAAUUCUGGGUUUCCUACCUAAUAAUGCUUUGCCAGGUCUUCACAGUUAUCUUCAGUCGAUGCUUGUUCACUGUUCCUUCAGUGAAAAGCAGCUUCAGCUUCAGAGGUCAAAUGACUGAUUCACUCUAUUGGCUUUCACAGUAUGGUUUGGGUCAUUGUCCAUCUGUACUAUCAAUCAUAUGACUGAAUCUAAAUGCCUAGUAUAGACCUAUACAUGUCAGAGUUCGCCUUCCACCUCUGACAGCAGUCUUAUCAUUAGUAAAUACUUGUGACCCACUUCUGUUGGCAGCAAUACAUUGCCAUGCUUAUAACACUGUCUCCGCCAUAUUUCAUAGCUAAUGUUGCAGGCAUCAGACCAUGGGAUGUCCUUUCCCUACUCAAUACUCUUUCCUCUGUCCAAGGGAAAUUGCUGCAAUACUGGGCAGAGAUUUUUGGAAAAGUCUAAUCUUUGUAUUCUUGAGGCUUAUCAGUGGUAUAGACUUUGUGGUAGACCCUCUGUAUUGACUAUCGUAAAGUCAUCUUAUGGUUCUAGACUUGCAACAAUAAUACAACUACUUCCUGGAUGGUGUUGUUGACUUGGCUAGAUGUUUUGAAGAGAUUUUUAUUGACCAUGGAAAAAUUCUUCUGUGGUCAUCCAGGUUAUCCUGAGCUCACUAGUGUGUUCCUUCUUUUUAACAAUUUACCAGAUUGUUUAUUUGACCACUCAAUAUUUCUGCUAUCUUUCUGAUGGGAAUGUUUUGUUUUCCCAGCCUAGUAAUGACCUGCUAUACUUGCAGCUUGACAGCUUGACAAUUCACAGCUAUAGCUUCCAAUAUAAAUUCGACUCUACAGACACUUUAGGGUGAAGACACACGGGGCUACUUAGUUGCAUAUUUGUUAGGGCUACUAAACACCAGAAAAUACCCUGCAACAGACAAUACUGAGAAUUGCCUCUGCUAAAACACACAUAGAGACAGUUAAAAGCAAAUAAUCAGCAUUGUUUAUUUUUGUAGCCAUGAGAAUUAGCUGCUACUAGUUGCUCUGUGUGUCUUCACCCUUACCUGUCUGUUAAUGAACUAAUGCAGGAACUACCCAGAACCUGCUUGUCAGUCAUUUGUCCAAGUACAUUUAGCCCUUAAAUGGGGGUUACAUACUGUAAGGUGCUGCAAUUCCAAACCAAUUAUCCAGUUUGGAUGUGCCUUAAUGUUAAAGCUGGUAGUUUAAACUUACCCAGCUAAAUGCUUUGAACUUUCACAAAAAAAACUAAAUCCCUAAAAUGUUCCUAAUAUGAAUCUUGGGGCAGAUUUACUAAAAAUUUCAAUUUACACAAAAGGCUGACAUUUACUAGAAAAAAACAAACUGAAAAAGUCUGACUGGGAAAGUAGCAGAAGUUGCAACUUUUUUGAAUUGUUGCCCCGAAAACUUUACAAAUUUUCAUACAAAAACCAGCAUAAAAAAUCCAAAACUUCUAAAGUUUUGAGGCAAACGAAGGAUCUUUUAGGAAAGGGACUUUCAUGAAGUUUUAGCUGGCAAAUUUUAGCAUACGGAUUUUUAAUCAUUUGGACGCAUAGCAAAUGUAAAAAAAGUCACUUUUUUCCCAGUGGCUUUUAGCUCUAAAAAUCCAAAUCGGGGAAAAAAAAAUCUGAUGGUGGGUAAAUGGCCCCUUAGUGUGUACAGCUAACUUACCUUUAGUCAUAACAUAAAAGAAACAUAGUUCUAUUAGGAAUUUUACUUUUUCAUCAGAAUGUAGAUGUGAUGAGUGUUUCAUGGAUGCAGGGGGCUAUUCUGAGCCCUGUAAACUGCUUAUAGAGGUGAUUGAAAGUACAGCAUUAAUAAAUAUUACCUUUCUUUUGUAAGAUCUGUAUUUUUCACCUACCUUGAGCAGGCUCAACAAUCAAAACUAUUUGCAUAAUGUCAGUGAAUUUACAGUGCAUUUGAAAGAAAUAAUAACAUAAUAAAAUAAUACUUUUUCUUGUGUUCUCAGUUGUGCAAUUACCAUACAUAAAUACUAUUCAUAUUCUUAUAAUAGAUUGCAAAUAAUAUAGUGGCUAUUUUUCUUUCUGCUUUUGGCUGCCUACUUAUACCUGCAUGAAGCUUUUUCCCUAAUUCACGCAAUUAGGCUUAUUUAUCAGUACUGGGCAGAUUUGCACCUGGGCAGUAGUACAUGGCAACCAAUCACUUUGCUCAUUGUUCUACCUGCAGCUGUUUGAAAAAAAGAUCAUUACUGAUUGGUUAUAACCGGCACAUAAUUGCCCAGUGUUAAUAAAUGAGCCCCAGUGGAUUGUCAGGUGAUCCUUGCUUCAUUGCUUCACUUGCAUUUUAAAAGUCAUCACAGACACCUAUUAUUAAAAUGAUCUCAAAGUAAAUAAGGCUUUGGAGAAAAAUGCUGAGAAGUGAGAAACAAAGGAAAAUCUUGCAACAGACAAA